AAACCCCGAGUGGGUCUGAUUGCGCACACCUGUCUGUCAGGUAAGGGAAGGAAGCGCGGUUUGGCCGGUGACUGGAGUCUUAUUAUUAUGGCGACGCCGAUUUUUAAACAUUGCGCGCGUUGUUUCUUUACGGUUCUCGCGAUUAUCGGCCUGUCGUUUACUUCAUGCUACAACUUGGAAAACGAGUCUUUUGAACCCGACUUGUCCAUGCACCAUGGUAAUAUCCUGAGCCCUUUGCUGAAGGCUCUAUCAGAGCAGAACCCAUGGGGAGAUUUCACACCACGAGCCAAACCGGACUCGAGAUAUGUGCGCUACAUGAAGAGACUCUAUAAACUAUCAUCCAAACCGGACAGGAGUCCCGAGGCUUCUCACCUGUACAACACUGCCCGACUGAUCACGCCUCGAGAGGAGUGUCUCGAGCAGAACCGAGAGUUCUUCAUGCAGGACAUCUCCUACAGUCUGACUCGAGUGAGGUCUCAGGAGCAGCUGCUGAAGUCGGUCCUGCUUUACUCUUUCGACCACAACCACGUCGCCCCCUUCACAUCGCUCUGCUAUCUCGACGUGAAAGAGCAGAAGCCCUCGAAGGAUCAGAUGUGUUCUCCUCACUUCGGCACGCAGCAGUCGGUCCCUCUUCUCAGCUUCCGCGUCCACACUGACAGAAGAGUCCGCCGCCGCUGGGUGGAGCUCGACGUGACCUCCUUCCUCCAUCCUCUCAUCCAAGCCCAUAAGAAAGACAUCCAUCUGCUCAUAAACCUGACAUGCGUUGCAGACAUGAUUCCUAGUCCCGGAGGCCGGGUUGACAAGAGCCCGGUGGAGUUAACUCACAGAUCUCCGUCUCUUCUUCUGUACCUCAAUGACACCAGCGAGGUUGCGUACCAGAGAAGAGCCUCAGGAGGCCGGAUGGUAGACCUGACGUCGAACCAAUGGGAUGGAAAGUCUACAUGGUGGGAUUCAGUUUCACGAAAGAGACGAGGCACGUUAAAAACCACCAACUCGCCGGAAACCAACACGCCUGAACUCGUCCCAAUGUAUGACUUUUCCACGGAUGACUGUGACUUGCACGAUUUCAAAGUGAGCUUCAAUCAGCUCAAACUGGAUUAUUGGAUCAUAGCGCCUCACAAAUAUAACCCGAGGUACUGUAAGGGGUCUUGUCCGAGGGCUAUGGGAUAUAUUUACGGGUCUCCGGUGCACACGAUGGUUCAGAACCUCAUUUACGAGAAGCUGGACUCCUCUGUGCCUAGACCUUCAUGUGUGCCUUCAGAAUAUAAUCCGUUAAGUGUUUUGACCAUUGAGAACGACGGCUCCAUCGCUUACAAGGAGUACGAGGAGAUGAUUGCUACCAAAUGCACCUGUCGAUAAGAUUCGUUCAGCUUUUUGGGAUUUUUUUUUUGUUGUUGUUGUGAUGCAUUGCUUUGUUAAACACUGACCUGGCCAUCCUUAUAAUGAAGAUGAUUAAUGACCACAUGAUUUGGAUAAUUUGCGGCAAUAACAUUAAUAAUGCUUAGAAUAUUUAAAUCAGAUAUGCAAUUGAAUCAUUUUGGUGUUUUCUUAGACACAUUUUUUUUCUCUUCUGUAUAAUAGUUAUAUAAAUAUGGGGGUAUUUAAUUGGCUUAAAUUAUAUCUUUCUUUAAUGAGCGGUUGUUAUUUUAAGUUGGGUUAUUUCAGUUGGUGGUCUUGUCUCUCACUUCUAUUCCUUAAAUAUGAAUGACAGAGUUUUAAAACUUCUAGUUCUGGACAGAAUAUAUCAAAAAAAGUGUAGUUCUAUUGUCUUAUCAGAACACUUUUACAUUGUAUUUUAAAACCUGGGAAUUGUUGACGGUUGUCUCGUGGGCAACCUCUCUCUUCUUGAUGUCCAGAAAAUAAGUUGCCUUAAUUGUGGGCAACUUGAUAUUGUGUGCAAAAGAUGAGAAAAUGUGUGUCACAGAACUAUUUAUAUAAUUUAUGUCUGUGUAAAUUAGUCCGGCUGGCUUUGGUUUCACAAAAGAAAGAGAAAAUCCCAAAUGAAAAUGUAAAAUAAAAACAAAUUCAGCAAACAAA